AUGGCGAUGAAUUUCGUCACCUUCAACCAGGACUACAGCUAUCUAGCUGUCGGUACCUCGAAAGGCUUUCGCAUUUUUUCAACCGACCCCUUCGUGAAGAGCUAUGAGACAAAAGAAGGGAAUAUUGCCAUGCUGGAGAUGCUAUUCUCUACAUCGCUUGUCGCACUGAUACUCUCUCCUCGCCGGCUCCAGAUCACAAAUACAAAGAGGCAGUCAAUUAUUUGCGAACUGACUUUCCCUACAACUGUGCUCGCUGUGCGCCUGAAUAGAAAGCGCCUGGUCAUCGUGCUGGAGGAUCAGAUCUACGUCUACGAUAUUCAGACGAUGAAACUACUGUACACGAUUGAAACAUCGCCAAAUCCGAACGCUAUUUGUGCUUUGUCUCCAUCUUCCGAUAACUGUUAUCUUGCCUAUCCGCUGCCGCAAAAAGCGCCACCUCCGUCAUUCACUGCUCCUACUCACACUCCUCCUGGAAACUCGCACAUUGCUCCUACGAAUGGAGAGGUGCUAAUAUUCGACGCUCAAAAACUCGAAGCAAUCAAUGUUAUAGAAGCGCAUCGAUCGCCACUAUCAUGUAUCGCGUUGAACAACGAUGGCACCCUUCUCGCUACUGCGUCCGACAAGGGCACUAUUCUCCGUGUCUUCUCAGUCCCUGACGGCCAUAAACUGUAUCAAUUUCGCAGAGGAUCGAUGCCAUCGAGGAUAUAUAGCAUGUCAUUCAACACUACGUCUACUCUGUUAUGUGUCUCAUCGGCUACAGAGACAGUUCACAUCUUCAAACUGGGCCACCAAGGGACGGCGACCAGUGCUCCCGGUUCACCUGGAAGCGCGAACAGCCCACCACCAGGGAACCGCCCGCGUGAAAAUUCUGGUAAUAAAGGGCCAGAUAUGGACGGAUUCCUAGGACGCAAACACGAUGGUACAUUCAUGGGUUUGAUAAGACGAACCUCGCAAACAGUCGGAACCUCUGUUGCUGCCACGGUAGGCGGAUAUCUGCCUAAAGGUGUGACUGAGAUGUGGGAGCCGGCACGGGAUUUCGCCUGGAUCAAACUGCCCAAGCAUACUGCAAAUUCUCAGUCACGGCCUGGUCCUGUGAGAAGUGUUGUCGCAAUGAGUAGCAAUACCCCACAGGUGAUGGUGGUGACAAGUGAUGGCGUUUUCUACGUCUUCAACAUCGACCUUUCCAAGGGAGGUGAGGGUACACUCACUAAACAGCAUUCGUGA